AAAAAAAAAAAAAAGGAAAUGAAACUUUUAAACCCAUUAUUUGUUUUUUCUAGUUUUGUAGCAAGUACUAUUGCUCUUAAUGCAGCAUCCAUAUCUGAUUGCCCUUCUUUAACUCCAAGAACAGGACCUGCAAAAGAUAUUACAGAUCUUCGUAUUGAUGAUAUAAAAGUUGUAGGCGCAUUAGGAGAUAGUAUCAUGGCAGGAUUCGGUAUGCACGGUGUUGAUUAUGAAGGCUCCGGAAUUAUUAAUAUAAGCCUUAUAACUGAAUAUCGUGGCAAAAGUUAUGCUGUUGGUGGUGAUACAGAUGCGAUCACUAUUGCUAAUUUUAUGAAACACUAUAAUCCAGAUAUUGAAGGCGCCUCUGUACUUUCCCAUCUUGCUUCAUUGUGUACUGGUGGGAAUUGUACUUUACCACUAUCAUUUUAUCGACCUUUAAGGGAUAACCUAAAUGGUGCUCAAAGUGGUGCCAUUGCCAAGAACUUGGAUUAUGAAUUGGACUAUCUUAUUCUUCGUAUGAAGUCUUAUAUCCUUUCGACUAGCUAUAAAAAUGAUUGGAAAAUGAUUACUAUUCAAAUUGGCAGUAAUGAUCAAUGUAAUACUUGUAAAACUGGCUCUAGUGUUAAUCAUGUCACUCCCGAAGCGUAUGGAAAUUAUGUUGAAGCAGCCAUUAAACGUAUUAAAGAUGAAGUACCAAAAGUUAUUGUGAAUUUAUUGGGUACUUUUAAAGUAUCAGGAGUAUAUCCCUUGACUCAUGGAAAUGCUUAUUGUGUACCUAACGGAUUCUUAAAGAAUACAGAUGAAUGUGAGUGUUUUAGUUCUGCUGAAAACAUGGCUAACAUGGACAAAAUUUCUGAUGCUUAUAAUACAAAGCUACAAGCUAUUGCUAACAAAUAUAAAGGAACGACCAAUGGUACCUUUGCUGUUAUGUAUAAUCCUAUGCCUAUUGAUUUAUCAAGUUUCCCUAUUGAUGCUCUAAGUAAUAUUGAUUGUUUCCAUCCCAGCUUAAAGGCUCAUCGAUGGAUUGCAAAGGCUGUUUGGAAUCAAAUGUUCUUAAAGAGUGUAUCAAAGCCUUCAGACAUGAAAUUUAAUGAUAAACUUCAGGUGUAUUGUCCUACUGAUAACGACAGAUUACCUGUUGCUUAAAUCGGCCCUUUUUUUUAAUUAUUUUUACUAUAUAAAAUAUGACUUCUUA